CUGUUCGAGAGUUAUUUUCUAAUCAGAGAACAGUCACACUGUCGUUCACUCACUGAAAUUACUUAACAUGCUGCAAGGAAUUAUCCAAAGAACAUGCCUGGCGGUUGUCAACACCGCGCAAUCUAUGAUUGUGCGGGACAAGCACGCUUUUAAUCGGGCAGUCCUGAAACCAAAAGUCCGCUGCCAUUUCCCGAAACCCAUGGAGGUGAAGAGAAUCAAUGUCCACGGCUGGGAUGCGAGAAUGUCCACGCCCGAAGGACGACGCGUGCUGAUGAACAGGAUACUCAGGGGCCGCCACAACUUGUCGCACUAGCUCUUAGUCAAUAAACCUCUUUUUAUUUACAAA